AUGUCAAAGGAAGAUAACCAACCGGCUCCUAUGCCUAAGAAGAUUGAGGUCGAAGACAGCUAUUUGAAAAGAGUUGCUAGACCUUUAAGACAUGUUAAAUUUAUUCCAACCAAGGCUUUAGUAUUUCAAACAAAGACUGGUCCAGUUGAUUUCACCUAUGAAAAUAAAAUAAAGACUCCAAUUGGUUCCAGUAAAUUGGUUGUCGACGUUAGAUACGUUGGUUUAAACCCUGUAGAUUUAAUGAUAAAAAAUGGUUAUAACCAACAGGGUUUCUAUGGUGAAAUCGGUCUAGGUAGAGAAUAUUUUGGUGUUAUUUCAGAUAUUGGUUCAAAGCUAGAAUCCGAUAACCGUUGGAAGAUCGGUGACGAAGUAAUGGGUAUCUACUAUCACCCUCACAUCGGUUAUGGUUCUUUACAAACUUCUAUUUUGGUGGAUCCAAAACAAGACCCAUUGGUAUUAAAACCAGAAAAUGUCACCAUGCCAGAAGCUGGUGGUUCAUUAUUUUGUUUAGCUUCUGCUUUUGAAAUAUUAGAGAAGCUAAACUCUUUAAAGAAAUUAACUCCAAAUGCUAAUAUCUUGAUCAAUGGUGGUACUUCCUCUGUUGGUUUAUUUGCUUUGCAAUUAUUGAAGAAUUAUUAUCACAUCGUAUCGAAAGUUACUAUCGUCACGUCUGGUACUGGUCCAAAAGUUAUAAAACAACACAUGCCAGGUUUUGAAAAAGAUUUCAUAUUCAUUGAUUAUUUAGCUUGUCGAGGCAAAGCUUCUAAACCAUUACUAAAAUUACUAGAAGAUAAUACAUACACAUACUUCGACGAAGAAAACGGUACAGAAUCAAUUGAAAAUUAUUCACAAGGUAAAUACGAUAUAGUAUUAGAUUUCAUCGGUGGUUACGAUAUCUUAUCUCAAUCACAAUCCUUAAUCCAUUCCGGUGGCCAUUACGUUACUACUGUAGGUGACUAUGUUGCUGACUACAAAACAGAUGUUUUUGAACAUUGGGAUAACCCAAGUGCAAGUGCAAGAAAAAUGUUUGGUAACAUCCUGUGGUCUUACAAUUAUACCCAUUAUAAAUUUGAUCCAAAUGGUAAAACUGAAUUAAUUGAAAAAUGUGCUGAAUUGUUGGGUAAAAGAUACGUCAAAUGUAUAGUGGAUAAUGUGUAUGACUGGAAAGAUUAUAAAGAAGCUUUCAAUUAUAUGAAACUUCAACGUGCACAAGGUAAAUUGAUUUUAAAAGUCGAAAAAUUCUAA